AUGUCAACGUACGCAUCUGUACAGGCCUUCGCUAAGAAGAUAACAGUGGGGCUCGACAGGAUCGACGGUUUCAUCUGUAACGCAGGGCUCAUGAUCGAUGCGUGGUCACAGUCUAAGGGCAUGGAGACGAGCAUGUUUGUCAAUGCCAUCAACACGGUCUUCCUCGGCGCUCUCACGAUGCCUAAACUGAAGGAAUGUGCCAACAAAUUCAACAUCAAGCCAGUCCUCAUCUUCAUUGUCAGUGUACUUGGCUACAUCGUCAACGGCGAGAUAGACAACAGCCGCAAAAGCAUCAUCUUUGACGGGCUCAACGACCCGAAGCUGGCCAGGAGGGACGCGAGGUGA